GUGUAUAGUCGUCAUCUCAUUGGCGAUAUCUCCUCUUCUCUCCGUUCUCAUCUCUCUCUCUCUGACAUCCCCAAAGAGAAGAGAAAAAGAAAAAGGCUCUCUGCCGCCUUUCUCUUCCAAGAAAAUCAUCAAAGGUUGAGUCUUUAAACUCGGAAAGCCAUGUCUCAUAUGGUGUUUCAGAGCGUCGUCGCUCCAAAACCCUUAUCUCCACUCAAACCCUCUUUACCCAUCCCUCGCCCUAUCGCCACUCUCCCUUGUAAGCUCCGUCGCAGCUGCUUCAUCAGAGCUUCCUCCUCUUCUCUUAUCGAUUCCGUCGGAGAUUCAGUUUCGGGUCUCGAACGCUGCUUACAGCUGCAAUUCAGCGGCGAGUUAGGCGCGUCUUCCUCUGGCUCAGCUUCCCCGAGUGCUCAGAUGUGUCCGGAGAUGAAAGGUGGGAAGUUUGGUUCGGUGGGAGCUGUUACCUUGGAAAAGGGAAAGCUUGAUAUGACCCAGAAGAAAGUCGAGUCUACCCCUGAGAUUGCUACUGGAGGAGGAGGUGGAGACAUUGGAAAGAGUGUCAAUUUCGGUGGUGGCGAUGGAGGUGAUGAUGAUGGUGAUGAUGAUGAUUACUUUGAUGAAUUUGAUGAUGACGAUGAUGGAGAUGAAGGUGGACUCUUUAGGCGUAGGAUGUUCCUCGCAGAGCUUUUUGAUAGGAAGUUUGUUGAUGCUGUGUUGAACGAGUGGCAAAAGACAAUGCUGGAUUUGCCUGCUGGCCUCCGUCAAGCAUAUGAAAUGGGUUUGGUCAGCUCAGCACAAAUGGUUAAGUUCCUUGCUAUUAACGCUCGUCCUACAACAACUAGAUUCAUCUCCCGUGCUCUUCCUCAGGGAUUGUCGAGAGCCUUCGUUGGCAGGAUGUUGGCGGAUCCUUCAUUUCUCUAUAGGCUUCUCUUGGAGCAAGCUGCCACGGUUGGAUGCUCGGUUUGGUGGGAAGUGAAGACUCGUAAGGAUAGAAUAAAAGAGGAAUGGGAUCUUGCGCUCAUAAACGUUCUUACCGUCUCAGCAUGCAAUGCAGCGGCUGUUUGGUUGCUGGCUCCAUGUCGGUCCUAUGGGAACACGUUCCGGUUCGACCUGCAAAAUACACUGCAGAAGCUACCAAACAACGUUUUUGAGAUGAGCUAUCCCCUUAGAGAGUUCGACCUGCAGAAGAGGAUUCAUUCUCUAUUCUACAAGGCCGCAGAGUUAUCCAUUCUUGGAGUUGCAACAGGAACUCUCCAGGGUUCGUUGUCAAACUUUCUGGCUGGAAAGAAGAAGAACAGAGUAUCUGUGACGGUCCCUUCAAUCACCACAAACGCUCUUGGUUACGGCGCAUUCCUUGGGUUAUAUGCAAACUUGAGAUACCAGCUACUAUGUGGGUUUGAAAGAGCAAUGAGCAACCACUUUGAUGUCAUUGGAGUAGCACUCUUCUUUGGCACUGCCGUGAGGAUUAUGAACGUUCAGUUAGGGGAAAGAUCAAGACAAGUGUGGCUAGGUGUGGAGGCAGACCCGCUGGCUCAGUCUGAUGAUCUGCUGGCAAAAGCAUACAACCGACCCUCAGAGGAAGCAGCAGCAGCAAAGCCAGCGUCAAGAUGGUUCAUCUCAAAGAAUGCAAUAGUCUCAGGGCUACUUGGUUUGAAGCAACAGGACUCAGCUUCAGAUUCUACACCUCCAAAGGCUAGGCGAAAGAGGAUUGUACGGAAGAAGGUGGCUGCAUCUUCUGCCCCUUAACAAUUUUCGGAGACAGUUGAAGAGCAAACAGUGAAGUUGUGGUGUUUUCAUUUUGAGGCAUACUUGAGUUUUUGUUGCCAGAGAAAGAGUGGGAAGUGAAGUGGAUCACCAAACUGCGAGAUGGUAACAAAAAUUCUAUAGCUUUUUUUGUUCUUAAUGACUAUCUCUCAAAAGUCUUAAUUCUUUUGAGAUUAAGACAUUUAUAUUUUUAGGUUUUCAGAUCUCAAACUUGUCAUUCUGUAACUUUCUCAGUUUUUUCUAAUAAAUAGCCACUUGUUUUA